UAGAAUAUUGAGUAGUUGUAUGUUUUUUUAUAAUGUUAUGUUUUAGAACUUCUAUAUAAUAUGCCUCCUCCCAUUACAUUAUGCAACAUAUUUUGAUACCUGAGGUAGGAGCUAGUGAUUUGUGUUUUGGGUUUGUUUCUGAAUUGAAGAUUAGCAAAAAUGGUUGUGAAGGUUUAUGGACCACCCUAUACAUCCUGCACCAGAAGAGUUCUUGCAUGCUUCUUAGAGAAAAACAUUGACUUUGAGCUUGUGUUUCUGGACAUUUUGACAGGAGAGCAGAAAAAACCAGAGUUUCUGGCCUUGCAACCAUUUGGAAAAGUUCCUGCAGUCCAGGAUGGAGAUCUCACUCUAUUUGAGUCCAGGGCUAUUAUAAGGUACUAUGCAGAGAAAUAUGCAGGACAGGGUACUUGUCUGCUGGGCAAGACUUUGGAGGAGAGAGCAUUGAUUGAACAAUGGCUUGAAGUUGAAGGACAGAACUUUGGUCCUCAUGCUUAUGCAUUAGUUUAUCAGCUGAUUUUAGCCCCAAGGAUCAAUGUGCCUCAGGACAAGGCAUUCAUUGAGAGCAGUGCCCAAAAGCUGGGUGAAGUAUUAGAUGUGUACGAAAAGAGGCUGUCAGAGAGCAAGUACUUGGCAGGGCACUUUUACAGCCUUGCUGACCUCUCACAUCUUCCAUUUACUGAGUAUAUAGUGAAUGCUACUGAUAAGGGGUAUCUGAUUAGGGAUAGGAAACAUGUGAAUGCGUGGUGGGAGGAUAUUUCUUCUAGGCCUGUAUGGAAGAAGGUUUUGGCUAUGAAGCCAGGCAUUGAAUAGCUGAUCUUUAAAAAUUAAUAAAUCUUUUCUUUAUACAUAGAUAUCUGAUUUUGAUUGUGUAACAUUUCUUUAUCAUCGAUGUUUUGGAUCAUAUUCUAUUAUUGAUCUUCAGGGUGAGAUAUAAUUAGAGAAGAGAAGAGAAUGAUGGAUCUUGGAGUCUGAUCUGAAACGUUGAUGAUAAAAAAUGUCACACAGUCAAAACCAGAAAUCGAUAUAUAUCGAUAUCUCGCAGUGUAGAAAUUUUAGAUUGUUAAAACCUCUCUUUCUGUAUGUUGCAUAUUUUUGAAAUAAUUACACUCCAAAUUUUCAUCUCGUAGAAGGUGAAAAAA